AUGAACGAGAAUAGACAUAGGGAGAACAGAGUACGAAGUCGCGAGAGCGCUCGUGGGAGGAUUGAGAGGAAGCGAGGAACGCCGUGGGAUAAGGAGAGAAAGGAUUUCGACGAGGCAAUACGAACUUGGAUUCGAGAAGAACUUGAAAAGACACAAGAAGUUGAGAAUGAGAAGCAAUGGAAUAGAAAUUUGAGGUCUGCGACAUGCUUUCGUGGAAGUAGAUCCUCGGAAACAAUUCAAGCGCAUAUGAAAUUGGAGCAGGAGGCUGAAAGAGAAGUGAACGAAGAGGAGAGAACUCGGAGAAAUGAAGCAAGGAUUGCGAAGUUUGAAGCAAUGGCAAAGGCAGAGGCGGAUCUUUGGAUAGAGGAGUUGGACCUAGCCAACGCAGCUACAGGUUAUCCUGAUGACGAGACUUCUGAGGGCGGACUCGGUUUUGUCCAUAGAUAUGGCUGCAUGCCACAAACCUAUACUUCUACCUCCAGAUAUCAACUAUGUGCAGAUUGCAGGGACGAUGAAGAUAUGGCAAGGAUAGAAUUGCAAGAAAGGUGGGAGAGGGAGAGGAGACGAAAUCAAUGGAAGACUUAG